GUUCUCGUGAAUUGGUCCGAGGGGUCGGUCAUCCAACGACAGCGCAAUGGCUGCCGAGUCGGCCUCGAUCCUGUAUGGGUCCCUUCCGUUGGACGACAACUUCGGUGGAAGCACCAACGACGAAGGGAACAUGAACGUGCAUGUGGACCCACUGACGAUCCAUCUUGCGGACGACGUCAUGCACGUGAAGGCUUGGGAGUUCCCGGGAUGGGGCUCCGCGACGUCCGAGAGCGCAGACCCUGCCGAACUGAAAGAUCUAGAUGCAACCCUCGUGGCCGCCACGCAUGCACAUCGUUUGGGGGAAUGGCCUGCUACAGCGAUCUGCGGCAACGACAUCCUGUCAUCCUGUUUGUACACGGCCGGCAUCGUCGCCGUCCGAGCCGGAAAACUCGCGCCGGUUGCGAUGGCUGUGGUCGCGGCCAUUCUCUACCUCUACCGAUACAUCUACGGCGAAGUCGUGAACGCAAUUCCUCUCAACGGCGGCUCGUACAACGCGCUCUUGAAUACCACCACGAAGCGUAUCGCGUCCGUCGCCGCUGCCCUUGGCAUCCUCUCAUACGUCGCCACAGGCGUCGUGUCCGGCACGUCCGCGUGCACGUACCUUCAAUCGUUGGUUCCGUCGCUGCCGAUUGUCCACGCUAGCGUCGGUCUGUUGUUCUUCUUCGCUCUCCUCUCCAUUAUUGGCAUUCGCGAAAGUGCCGGGGUGGCACUGGUGAUCUUUGUCGUGCACACCACGACCUUGAUCGUGCUCUGCGGCAUGUCCGUGGUGUUCCUCAUCCAGGACAAAGCUGCCAUCCUUCGCGCCAACUUCCACGCCGACUACCCCGACGUGUCCGUCGCCGGCGCCACGGUUCCUGGGUCGCUCUCCACGGCGCUGUUCUUCGGCACGUGCACGGCAAUGCUCGGCAUCUCUGGCUUUGAAACGUCCGCCCAAUUCGUCGAGGACCAAGCGCCAGGCGUGUUCCCCAAGACAUUACGGAACAUGUGGUGGGGCGUGGCAAUCUUCAACCCGUCGAUUUCGUUCUUGUCGCUGGCGGUGCUGCCGCUGCCGAUCCUGACGACGCACAAGGACACGGUGCUGAGUGCGAUGGCGAAAGCGGUGGGGGGACGGGGUCUGGAGACGUGGGUGGCCGUCGACGCGUUCGUCGUCUUGUCCGGCGCCGUGCUCACGGCGUACGUGGGCAUCACGGGACUCGUGCGGCGUCUCGCCCUCGACCGGAUCCUGCCGUCCGGGCUGCUGACCACCAACCGGUGGAGGGGUACCAACCACUGGAUCGUACUCGCAUACUUUGGGAUCUCGGCGUCCCUUGUGGUGGCCCUGCGCGGGCAAGUGGACACGCUGAGUGGCGUGUACACGUUUGCAUUCCUCGCACUGAUGAUCUUGUUUGGGGUUGGAUGUAUGUUGCUCAAGUUCAAACGAAGCGAUUUGCUCAAGCAGCACGCUGAAGGAAGGGAGAAUGCGCCGUGGGGUGUGGUGGUAGUAGGAGUCGGUUGCAUGGUGCUGGCGCUGGGAGGGAAUCUGGUGAGCGACCCGGCCGUGCUGUCGAUCGCUUGCGUGUACUUUAGCAUUGUCAUGGGAAUCGUGAUGGUCAUGUUUGAGCGCGUGUUCGUCCUGCGCCUUCUUCUGGCGCUGGUCACGGCAAUGUGGCCGAAAUCGAAGGGGGAGAAGAAGAGAACGGCGGCUGGCGACGGGAAUGGUGCAGAGCUGUUGAAUGGACACAGAAACAACAGCAGUGGAGAUCAGAGUACUACUGGUGACGACAUUGGUAACGAUGGCGGCGGUGGGUACGUGGACGAGUCGUCGAGUGCUGGCGCGUCGCCCUUCCACGCGCUGUCGUCUCCCGGGUAUGACAGAUGACAAGCGGCGACGACGAUGUGGUGGAAAAAUGAUGAUGAUGUUGGUUCUCUUUUUUGGGGUGAUUAUUAUACUGUACUUUCUUUUUUCGGACUUGUUUUUGGGUUGUGAUAUAUACUACUCCGUAGUAGUAUGUGAAAAACAUUUUCUUUUUUGUUGUUUUUUGUUUUGGUGGUGUUGAGUUGUUGAAGUGUAGGAUGAGCAUUGCGAGGGCGAUCCAUGCAAUCAACGGACCGCCGAUCCUGUUCUUCUGCAAGCGGCCGCACCUGCCGACACUGAACAAGGCCAUAUUGUACGUGCGGCAGAACGAGCAGACGGCGCAACUGUACAUUGUGCAUGUGACCGAGAAGCGCGAGGACAUGGACGCGUUUGCGAGUGUCGUGUCGCUGUUUGACCGGAUCUACCCCAAGCUCAAGAUCGACUUUGUGCAGGUCGUCACGCACGGGUACGUUGGGUUUGGCCCGGCGGUUGUCGAGUGGGUCAGCCGCAAGUACCACACCCCCAAGAACCUCAUGUUCAUCAAGCAGCCGAGCCACGAUUGCGCCCACACGAUCGCGUCCCUCGGCGGCGUCCGCGUCAUCACAGGAUGAAGAUUUAUGUAUGUAACGUUAAUAGUAAAUGGAGUACAGUGCCCGCAACUUGCAAUGGGGUUGAAAGUCGGUGGUGGUCGUACAUAACUGAUGGUCUGCUUGUGGUGGUUUCGUGCCUUCAGUU